UCACCUCACAGCACAAUUAGAACGAAAUGUUCAAGGUUUCUUAUCUUGUGAAUGGGUGGUUGCUUUUUGUUCACUUCCAUUUGGCUGCUGAAUGGAAAUGACUUAGGAUGGAACCUCCGUGCAAAAAGGUAGUCAGGAAAAACAGCGAACCACACCGGGAGGACGCAUUCACCGAUACCAUCAUGGAGGAAAUCGACAGUCUUUUGAUGCAGCAGAACUUCUUCACUGAUCUGCUCAGGAAAAUCGAGAAUUUCACGCGAGUACCGCGGCGUAUCCAGGUACUUCUGAUGGUUCUAUUUACGCUACUCUACGUCGCCGAAGGCUACGCUGCUGCGUGUUUUUGCAACGUUAUUGCCGUCGUCUUUCCAGUCUACGCCUCCAUCAGCGCCAUCGAGAAUCCAGACUACGAGAUUGGCACAAAAUGGCUGAUGUACUGGGUCAUCUUUGCUUUCGUUAACUUCAUGGAGGUUUUUAUCGCGUGGCUGCCAAGUUUUUACUUGCUGAAAUUCUUGUUUCUUGUCUGGUGCAUGGCGCCCGGGAGGGUAAGUGGCUCCGAGGUAAUGUAUUUUAGAGUCGUGAGGCCUUUGGUGAUGCGACACAAAGCGAGGGUCAACGAUGUCAUUUCCGACGCUGCGAAGAGGGUCCGACAGGUAGCCGAGCGAACAGUGGAUGAUCUUGUGGCCUCCCGAGCGGCGGGGAAGAUAAUCGGUUUCACACACGAAGGGGUCACGAAUGAGACACCAGCGAUCGAGCAGCCUGAAAACAGCAUUGACAUUGACAAAACAGAUUAGCUCGAAAGUCUUCUCCAAGAUACAAGGAAAACUAAUUUUGGAUUGUAACUGUAAAGCCACUGUAAUUUUUUGCUAAAAACUCAAACAAAUCUCAACCCAGUCAA